GCCAGGAUAUCGAAUCCUACCGGAAACAGGCUCAGAGUCAUUUCCACUCUUGCUGCGUCAUAUACUUCUCCAUCAUUACAAUUCCCCUCUUCCCCGCAUCAAGAUGACUCUCAACUCAAGAGCCAUAUACUCCAAGCUCAAGCCUGAUUUCGUUCCCUUCCCCAGCAGGAGGAGUGUCGUCCACAGCACCAACGGAAUUGUAUCCUGCACUCAACCUCUCGCAGCAGCUGCCGGACAGAGGAUUCUGAGAGAGGGGGGUAAUGCGGCCGAUGCGGCUGUCGCCGUGGCUGCGGCAUUGAACAUCACUGAGCCCUCCUCUACCGGUAUCGGAGGUGACAUGUUCUGCCUCUUCUACGACGCCAAAACAAAGAAGAUCACUGCCCUCAACGGCUCUGGUCGCUAUCCUGCCAAUGCCUCCCUGGAGAAGAUCCGGGCUGACCUGAAGCUGGGACCGGGCCAGGUGGGUAGCAUCCCCAUGACUAGCGUUCUGGCUGUGACGACGCCAGGUGCAGCGGCCGGAUGGGUCGACACCGUCGAGAAAUUUGGAAGCGGGAACCUGUCGCUGGAGCAAAUCCUUCUUCCAGCCAUUGAAUUGGGGGAGGAGGGAUUUCCUGUUUCUGAGCUGUCGUCUCAUUUUGUAAUUCAUUUCUUGCCCUAGUUCACUCUCCCCCUUUCUACCAGAGAUUUUAUUCUUACAAGUUCUUACAAGACUCCCUGCUAAUUGUCAUGCAAAUAGUGGCAAGAAGGCGAAAGUCAAAUUCGCAAUGCAUCUCCAAAUUUUCGGGAGAUGCUCAAGGUUGAUCCCAAGGCCAAGGAUGGUGUCCGGGCCCCUCUCCCCGGUGAAAUCAUGAAGAACCCCACGCUGGCUCGGACUUUCCGCUCGCUAGCAGCAGAGGGCAAACAGGGAUUUUACCACGGCCGCGUUGCAGAGGAACUGGUCAAGGUGGUCCAGGAGCUGGGGGGAUACCUGACGCUGGACGACCUUAAAUACCACGCAGAAAUAGGUAGUCAGGAAGUCGACCCUAUCUCGCUUAAAUUCACUGGCCAGAACAUUGCCUCGAAGCAGGACCCAGGCACUGAUGAUGAUUCCAAACCCAACCAAGGCGUCGAAGUCUGGGAACACCCUCCCAACGGUCAGGGAAUCGUCGCACUGAUGGCCCUGGGCAUCCUCGAAGAACUCGAACGCGCGGGCAAAAUCCCUCAGUUCAAGGAAGACCAGCACAACUCCGCCGAAUACCUGCACGCAGUGAUUGAAAGCCUGCGUAUUGCCUUUGCCGAUGCAGCCUGGUGGGUUGCGGACCCGGAUAUCUCCUACGUUCCCUCCCACCAGCUCAUCUCGAAGGAGUACCUCGCGGAACGCGCAAAGCUGUUCGACCCCUCGCAGGCCGCCAACCUCCUCGACCAUGGAAGUCCAGCCCAUAACCACAGCGACACGGUGUACUUUGCCGUAACCGACCGCGAGGGGAACGGCAUUUCCUUCAUCAACAGCAACUACGGUGGAUUCGGAACCGCCAUCAUCCCUCACGGAUGUGGCUUCACCCUCCAGAACCGAGGCGCCAACUUCUCCUUAUCCCCCUCGGGAAACCAUCCUAAUAUCUUGGCGCCCCGGAAACGCCCUUACCAUACCAUCAUCCCGGCUAUGAUCACCAACAUCUCAGACGGGUCCCUCCAUUCCGUCUACGGCGUCAUGGGCGGCUUCAUGCAACCUCAGGGCCAUGUACAGGUCCUUCUGAAUAUGCUGGCCUUCAACUACCACCCGCAGGCUGCGUUGGAUGCCCCACGUUUUUGCAUCGGGGCUAGUACCAGCACCGGUUCCGAGAAGGAAUCCGGGAAGCGCCCCACUAUCUUCAUCGAGGAAGGGAUUAGCGAGGAGGCCAUUGAGGGACUCCGGAAAUUGGGUCAUAAGAUCAAGGUCCUCCGUGCCUGGGAACGGGGCAUGUUUGGGCGUGGCCAAGUGAUCCGCUGUCAUUUUGAUAAUGGGAAGUUGGUAUACAGUGCUGGGAGUGACCCGAGAGGUGAUGGGAUGGCUAUUCCACUCUAAAGUGAUUGUUCUUUUUGUCACAUUUGUUGUUGUUGUAUAUAUUCGGCCAUACUUGUCUCUAUGCAUUCAUACAUAGUAGAUACACAAAGAUCCAUAAGAAAAUAGAAAGCCCAAGGACUCGCCAGCCCUUGAAGAUCUCAGGAG